GUGUGGUGCUUAUCUGUAUCGUGGCAGACUGCAGGCACAAUCAGACAACUUCAACACGCACCCACCUUCUGGGAUAAGAGUUUUUUCUGCCAAACUAUUUCUUGCAACUGCUUCUUGCAAAAUGGAUUACAGCUGAACUCACUCAAGGCAUCAGAACACAUCACAGCAAGCUGUGGUAACAUGGUCCUCUAUCUGAGCUCAUCAUGUGAAGUGCUGGCAAAAUUCUGCCAACAUUUACACUUGAUAUAUGGGAUAUGUAAAAACACAGCAGAUGCUGUCAAUAUGAGUGAGAAUAUCCAGGAAUUAAGGAUUGAGCAAUUAAUAAAUGAACAUGAACAGGAGAUGGCAGCACUAACUGCUAAAGCUAAGAUAGCACGAAGCUAUGCAAAUAGUAUCCAAAGCCAGAUGUAGAAGGUUCAAGAACAAACAAGAAAGUAAAACACGGUGCACAUGCAUCAAGUCAGUCACCUGGGAUCUGUAGUUUCUCAGCUGCGUUCUGAAUUACAAGAAUCUAGGAGGUUGUAUGAAGACAAGGUGGAGGAUCUUAAGAAGCAGUUGCACCUAGCUCAUUCUGAGGUAGCAAAAGUUCAGAAUGAACGGGAUUGAUACAAACAAGAAUGUGGAAAUCUGAAUGACCGGAUUCAUCAAUUGUUGACUGAACUUCAUGGAAAAGAGGUAGAACUAAGUCUAGAAAAGGAGCAGAACAAGAGAUUUUGUGAUCGGAACACUGACAACAGCAUGACCACUGAUAAUCUAAGGACAGAACUAGACAAGAAGAACAUGGAGUCACAGCUCAUGAAAAACAUGGUGAAGGAAAUGAGGAUUGAACAUCAGGGACAAAUGGAGCGACAGAGGGCUGCAGUUAAGGAAAAAUUUGAAACCAUUGUAAGAAUCUCCUCCUUGACUUUCCAACUAGAGUCAACCAAGGAAAGACUUGGUAAAGUUCAAGAAGAUCUUAGAGCCAAACAGAUAGAUUUGGAGACUGCUGAGAGAACAGUGUCAAAUCUUAUGGCAUGUCUGAAGGAGAAAGAAACAUCUCUUGAGGAUACCAAUAAGGAAAUCAAGAAGCUGCAUUCACAUGUUGGCAGUAAUAUGCAGGAGCUUGAGCAUCUAAAGAACAAAGAGGUCCAUUUACAUGAUGUGCAGUCAGAGUGUGAAACGCUGAAGCUGCAGGUAAUAGAGAAGGAAAGGAUUAUUGAGAUCUUGCAAAAGCAAAUUGUUAUCAUGAUCCAAGUUGUAGACCAGCAGUAUCAAACUGCUGGAGUGAUGGAAGUUGAGAAGUUGCAGCUUUUAAAAGAAACGGGAAGGAACCGGAAACUUCAAGUGCAAGAACAUAAGAUUGCAAAGGAGGAGGAAGAAGUUAGAAUACACAAGUCAGAGGCCGCGCUGAGCCAGCUGGAAUUGGAAAAGGUUAAGCUGGUAAACACGUGCACUGAGAGACUCCAUGCAAUUAAUGAUAUGAAACUGGAAAAAGACCAACUAAUGAGCAAACUGAUGAGCAUUCGGAUUGAGCUAGCUGGCCUUGCAGCAAAAAUGCUUUCCAAGCUAAGCGUUUUGAAGGAGGAACCACUGCAGGACUUAAAGAGGACUCCUCAAGAAUUAACAAGCUCAGAUGAUAACAUCUCCUCUGUAGAUCUUGGCAAGAAUGACAGCGAUGGUGGGAAAACAUCACCUUUAGCAACCAUAAGGAACACUGUGGAUCCUUUAUGCUUACCAACUGCAGAUCAUCAAUCCCAAGGCACGACCUGGCCCUUCACGUCUCCUGCUUCUCAGUCUGUGGAAACUAGUGAGGACACAUCUAAGAAGCUACAGAACAAGAUGGAAAGCCUGCAAAACCAGGUGGAAACGUUACAGAGAAAAAGCCAAGCUAUGUCAUCAAUGAUCAGAACUCAGGAAAUGAAGAUAGAGAAAGCAAAGGAAAAGGAGAAGUUGUCAAAAUGAAGACUUAUGUGCAUUAAUGAUUAUUUUCACUUCAGUAAGUUCCAAUUCACGUGGAUGUCCCAGAGCUACCGAGUAUUACCAGUUCAAGCAGGAAACCUGGAUGUGGCUCCUGUUAACGCUGAGAUAUCAAAAUGUUUUGAAGCACAUGCCUACAACUGCAAGACUGAACAGAUUUCAUCCUAUACCAUAAUUCCUUCAAGCAAAACGGACUCAUCAAAUGGUAUUUUUGUUGUAAUUUUCAUUACAUGUUAUCAUCCUUGGUUUGUAGUACAAAAUCUGCCCUGGGCUUAAGUUUGUAAGCAUAGCACUCAUAUUUUGACUCAGAGCAGUGUAUGUUCCUGGAUUGUUUGGGACUUUUUAUCCUUCCUCCAUCCGUGUCCCUCUUAUAAAAACUGAAAUAGGUGAGGUUUAGGUGAGAAAAAAUGCAUUAUGAAACUACACUGACUUUUUAAUAGUCUGCUGUAACUUAGUUUGCUAGAAUUUGCUAAAAGUUUGCUAAAAUAGCUGGGGAUAUUACUUCAACUUGCUCUCUAAAAUAUUCUGCAGUUGAAUCACCAAAACACACAUCCUUCCCUUGGUAUGUGUUUACAAAUGGUUUUUGAAGGCUGCUCCUAGUAUAAGAUUUAGUAAUAAACAGGAAAGGAUAUUUAGCACAUCUGGCAUAUGUGAAUUUAUUUUAACACUUUUUAUCAAGUAGCAUUUAAGGACUGUGCAGCAGUGGGUAAAUGACCUAAUGCACUUAAUUAACAGAAUGGGUGACACUAAAAAUAGUUUGAAGGUAUUAAGAUCGUUAAAAUAUCAGAUCAAUUCUUCAAAGCUUUGCUAGUAUUUGACAAUAACUCAGGAAACAAGAUAGCUCUAUAAAAGGUGAGCAAGAACUUUGUACUCAUCCUAAAUUGAGUACUUUUCCAGAAUUUGCCUUUUUUUUUUUUUUUUUUUUGUCGGCAGACUGGUCAUGAAUAGCAGAUUAAAAGUGCUUCCCUUUCAGAGUUGAGCAAGGCUGUCUGAGAAGUCGGUUGUGGAAGCUGCUGGCUUGUUACCAGGGGAGGUCUUGCUAUGAGUGCUAUAGACAAGUACUACCAAAACACACUGGCAGGAUGUCCUUUGAAGCCCAAACACAGAAGGGGGGGCUGAGCAGCUGUACCUGGGUGAGCAGGAGGUGGCAGUGAGGCAGGUUCUCUAGCCUUAGCAUUUUUCCUCAGCCUGCUUUUUCAGAAGUUGUAAUUGCCUUAGAUUUAUGGCAACGUGGAAUUCCGUGCUUGAAUUCAAGGGGUUUACAGUAAGUACGGUAAUUUUGUCCAAACCAUGACUAUUAUCUGUGGCUCCGCGAAAGCUGUUCAUUAGCACACACCCAUCCAGAUACAAGCUUAGUUUUGUUGGCUUUAAAGCUAUGGAACUACAUCCAGAGGAGAUCAAACCUCUGAGUAUUAGUUUGAGGCGUUAUUGUGUGGGGAAAGAGAUUAGUGAGUUGUUCUGAAGUUUUUUUUCAGUCACUGUCAACUGUAUUUUGAUUUAAUUCAAGUAAUUUUCUGGAUUUCUCAAUCACUUUUUUCCACUUAUUUACUUUUUUUUUUCAACAGUGUUGCAAGCUUUAGUCAGAAUGUUAAU